UCAGUUAACAUCCAUCUGCAACAAAUUGCUUCAAGAAACGAUGGCAACAAAUGUAGCAGGUUUCAGUUGGCCGUUAAUCUUGUUAAACAGAGAGAAUAAAUCCUGUUACCCUGGUUUCAAUUGCCCAAAAAUCCCUUGCAAAUUGUGGACAAUUUCCAAAGUGGGAAGAGCUUGUUCAUCUUCCACAUCAGGUUUAGCUCCAAAAAAUCUUGAAGUUAAAGAAUUAAAGCUUCUCUGGGAUGACGGCUAUGGAACUCAGACAGUGAAAGAUUAUCUAGAAGCAGCAAGAGAUAUGACUAACCAUGAUGAUGCUGGACCUCCCCGGUGGUUCUGCCCAAUAGAAUCUGGCCCUCCCCUGAAGAACUCACCUGUCCUCUUCUAUUUACCUGGACUGGAUGGUGUUGGCAUGGGCAUGAUCUUGCAUCACAAGCCACUUGGCAAGGUUUUCGAACUCCGAUGUAUGCACAUUCCUGUUCGGGACAGAACUCCAUACCAACAGCUGGUGCGAUUUGUUGAAACUGCUGUGAGGAUCGAGUACGCCUCUCAUCCAAAUAGGCCGAUAUAUUUGGUUGGAGACUCUUUUGGAGGAUGCCUAGCCCUUUCUGUUGCAGCUGCCAAUCCUACAAUAGAUUUAGUACUGAUAUUAGUCAAUCCAGCAACAUCAUUUAACAUGUCGCAGCUGCAGCCAUUGAUCCCCCUUUUGGAGGCCGUACCUGAAGAAUUAUACAAAUUUCUUCCUUACCUGUUCACCACAACUUUCGGAAAUCCAAUCAAGAUGUCCAACAUGGUAAACAUCACGAAUCCAUCAAGUUCUCCAGCAAAAAAACUCGAGAAGCUUAUCCUCCAGGCUUCUGUUUUGCUCGAUAAAAUCGUAAGUGUUCCUGAUAUAUUAUUGCCCAAGCAAACCUUGAUCUGGAAGAUAGAACUGCUCAAGACUGCUGCUGCACAUUCGAAUUCCCGUCUCCACACUUUUCGUGGCGAAGUACUUAUUCUUGCUAGCGGUAAAGAUUCUGUACUUCCUAGCAAAUCCGAGGCCGGAAGACUCACAGAUACACUAAAGAAUUGCAGGGUCAGGUUCUUCAAGGACAAUGGCCACCUACUUCUGAUGGAAGAAGGGAUUAAUCUAUUGAGUUUACUGAAAGGCCUUGGCAUGUUCCGUCGUUCUAAAAAACACCAUGACAUCUCCGAUUUUCUUCCUCCAAGCAAGGCAGAAUUCCAAACUCUAUUCGAUCGAGAUUUUCGAUUCUAUCGCAUUGCCACUAGUCCAGUCAUGCUAUCAACUCUACCAGAUGGAAAGAUGGUUAAAGGCCUCGCCGGAAUUCCUCAGCAAGGCCCUGUUUUGCUUGUCGGCAAUCACAUGCUUCUUGGAGUUGACCUCAUUUCCAUUGCCGAAGGCUUUCUAAGAGAAAGAAAUAUAUUGAUUCGUGGCCUGGCACAUCCAGCAGUAUUCACCAAGGAUAUGGAUAAACAUUUGCAAGAAGUAUCGUUAUUUGAUUCUUUCAGAGUUUUUGGUGCAGUACCUGCGACGCCAACAAACUUCUUCAAACUAUUGUCAAAGAAAUCCCACGUGCUUCUUUAUCCAGGCGGGGUUCGGGAAGCCCUGCAUGGUAAAGGAGAACUACACAAACUAUUCUGGCUAGAUGAACCUGAAUUUGUAAGGAUGGCAAUAAAAUACAGAGCAACAAUUGUACCUUUUGGAGCUGUUGGUGAAGAUGAUCUAUUUGAGAUGUUCCUUGACUAUGAAGAUCUGGCAGGAAUACCUGUUUUGAAGAAUAAAAUUGAGGGCAUUCGCAUUGAUAGGAAUGUUGCUACGUUAAAGAGAGGAAAUCAAAGAGAAGAAGAAACCAACAAGCCAGAUUAUUUCAUACCUGGGCUCUACCCCAAAGUGCCUGGUCGGUUAUACUUUCUAUUUGGAAAGCCAAUAGAGACAAAAGGUAAGGAAGAGCUAUUGAAAGACAAUAUCAAGGUGAAAGAACUUUACCUUGAGAUAAAAUCUGGUGUUGAACAGAAUAUAGCAUAUUUAUUAGAGAAGCGGGAGGAGGAUCCAUACCGUCAGCUCUCUGAGAGGUUGUUCUACCGUGCGAUUUCAUCGCCUGCUCAUCAAAUCCCAUCUUUUGAUCCAUGAAGUCACUUCUAUUAGCAAACACACACACACAUAUAUCUAUAUAUAUAUAUAUAUGCCCAAGACACAUUCUCAAGACAAUACACACAGCACAGAAAUUAAGACACUUCAUACGAUAUUCGAUA